AGGGGAAGGACGAGGGACCAGCUGAACAUAGGAGAAGUGGAGAUGCCCUGGCGAUUCUCUCUGCUUGCCAAACUGCUGCAGAGUCGCUAACACUCUGGUUUUUUGGGUGCACUGGACGCUGCAGCCACGCUGGGUCUGGCGUCAAGUCUCUAGUGCUGUUGCCAAAAUGGUGAUUAAAGUGUUUGUGGCAACGUCCUCAGGGUCGACGGCGAUUAAAAAGAAACAACAAGAAGUAGUAGGCUUUUUAGAGGCCAACAAAAUUGACUUUAAGGAAAUGGACAUAGCCUGUGAUGAAGACAAUCGGAAAUGGAUGAGAGAAAAUGUUCCAGGUGAAAAGAAGCCACAAAAUGGGAUUCCUCUCCCUCCCCAGAUAUUCAAUGAGGAACAGUAUUGUGGGGAUUUUGAUUCAUUUUUCUAUGCAAAAGAAGAAAAUUAUAUUUAUUCAUUCCUAGGCCUUGCUCCUCCACCAGGCUCAACGGAAGGAAGGAUUACAGAGGAAGUACUGACUGUGCCAAAUGGGGAUAUUUCUGGAGAAGAGAACAAAAUUGCAGAGGAGACUGAAAAAUGUUCAGUUACUGAAGAAAAUGAGAUACAAGCAGAAGAUGAGGUUGAGGCCAUGCCUGAGGGUGAGGGUGAAGCUCAGGCUGAGACUACUGAAGCACAGGAAGUAGAAGCAGCAGAGGAAGAAGAAGAGGGAAAAAUGGAAGAAGAAGGAAAAGAAGAAGAAGAGGAGGAGGAAGAAGAAGAGGAAGAGGAAUCUUAGUAAAUUUGUUUGAUACUUUUUCUUCAGCAGAUGUUUCAGGAACUUGGAACUGACAAGUUAAGGUGCAGAGU